CGAGCAACACUUAUAUUGUGCAGAAGCCGUAUCUCUUCGAAAGGAAUAUGAGUAGAGUACCAACUGCAAGUGGGGGUCGCCCCAAAACAGGGGCAAGGGGAGCAAUGGGAACAGCUGCUGGAAUACAGCCUGGAACAGCUUCAAGACUGACCACAGCAAUGAAUCCAGGAACUGCUCGCCCAGGUACCAGAGGUGGCUCUUUAGGAGGGGGAGUUGCACUGAAUGCACAGGUAAAGGUUGUGGACCGACCUAUGACACAGCAAGGUCUCGGAGGCAUGAAGACUGGUAUCAAAGGCUCAGGUCCGCAGAGACAGGUCCAGGAUAGAACCUACUUCCUUGGACUUAUCAGGAGCAAGAUCAACGAAUUAAAUGCAGAGAAUGCUAGAUUGAACAAGGAGAUUGAUAGUACACAAGAUGAGAAUUCCACAUAUCUUACAUAUGAAAAAAGAGCUGAACAGCUUGCAACAGAGAUCAGAGACUUACAAGGAGAACUUGGUGACUACAACACAUUAGUUGACAAGUUAACAACAGAUGAAGAUAUCCAGGAUGUUGAAUUUGAUCUUAAUGAUCUGAGGAAUGGUAAUGAGAGGGAGACGAAAAAGAUUGAAGAAUUAUUUGAAGUGAAGAAAGCGAAAGAGGAGGCCAUUCAGCAGCUGGAGCAGGAACUAGACCAGGAGAAAAGGAUGGCUGACAACCUCGUCAAUGAUAUGAAUCCUGAGAUGAGAGAAAAGUAUGUUAAGCUGAAGGAUAUGAAUGAACACAUGCUUCGACAGCUGGAGAAAGGUCAACAGGAACUGGAUGUCCUCAACUCCAAGAUUGACACACAGCAAGAGGAGUUGUCCUUAUCACAAGUCAAACAGGAAGCAGUGCGACUCUAUGAACAGCUGAAUGAGUUGGAGUCCAAGCGAGACAGCCUAAUCGAGGAGACAAAGACAACAGUAUCACCAGCUGAGGAGCGUGAACGCCUACUGAAACAGGUCAAAGAGGACAACCAGGAGAUAGCCAGUGUAGAAAGACAAACAAAAGAGAUCAGAGAGAAGAUUGAGCAAAUGCAAGAGGAGAGCAGACAGCUUGAUAUUGAUAUAGAGGAGAACCAAGGAGAAAGAAAUCAGAAGUACAAAGAACUGAAGAAAAGAGAGGAAACAAUGGAUGAAUUCCUCAAUACUUUUGAAGAAUCUAAAUCUCAAGAAGCACAAAGAAUUAAUCAGCUGGAACAAAAUGUCGUCAGCAUCUUGGAACAUAUAAGUAGGAACAUGACUCGAUUUUCACAUUUACCAAGUCAACAAGAACUUGCUACAAUGAAACAAGAUUUGGACUUCAAGACUGGAGAGAUGAAGAAAUCAGAAACAACCACUUUAGGACUAGCAGCAGAGAGUGACAAGCUACAACAGGACCUUCAAAAGGUGGAGCAGUUGGAAGAUAAGAUCAACUCUGAAUUGGUUGUGUUGGGAGAUAAAAUCGCCACUAUGGAGAAGGAGUUAGAGGUGUAUUCUGACCUUGACACUCUCCGAAGAAAUUCAGAGCAGAAAAAGAAGAAAUUGAUGGAGGAUAGGAUUGUACUACAGAAACGUAGAGACACCUUUAAGAAAACAAUGCAGCACUUGACAGCGAAGUACGAGGGACUGAAAUCCCACCUGAAGGACAAUGAAACCUUCAAUCAGCUGGAAAAUCUGGAACGUAAAUGGCAACAUCAUGAACAGAACAACUUUGUCAUGAAAGACUUCAUUGCAGCCAAAACUAUGGAGUGUGACUUCCGUCCUGUCAGUCGCAAAGUAAGCACAGCCAUCGAGGAUUACAAUACUUUAUUACAAAAUCAGAUGGCUGGCAAACCAAGUAUGUGAUUCAACGGUUUUUAGAUGGUUAAGAGACCUUCACCAGACUUUACAUAGGACCCAGUAAAGGAAUAGCCACUCAACUUUAAACAGGAUUACGGAUAUAUGUUGAACACUGAACAAUACAACGUAACUGAUCAACAACUGUGAUAUCAAUGACUGAGUGUUAGACAAUACUAUCACACAAAUAACUGGUACGGUACCACAGCAAUACAAUGCCAGUUCAUCAGAGAGUGGUUCGGGGUUGAUGUUAGGUUUGAGAAGUGGUUAAGCAGUUAUAUUAGAUCUCAAUCUUGUUGUAGCAGGAAAGAUGACCACAUGACCACAUGUCAACAAGGCAGCGUUGAUAUGGAGAACUUUUGUUUUCAUUUGACUUAUCAAUGAAUUCAUCCAUUUAUUUAUAUUUGUAUAAUAUGCAUUCCGUCCUUGUUUCUGUGAUAAUAAAAACUCUCCUAAAGAAA